AUGAGCAAACGAGAGGAGCCUGUGUCAUUUGACGAUGAUUCGGAUGAUAGUAUUGCUAGCAGCAAGACAUCAAUUGCUAGCAGUCUCUAUCACUACCGCACCCUUUUUGGCCGGUCCUACCAUCAUGAGAUUGGACAAGCAGAGCAUUGGGCCCCUGUUGACAACGCACAUGCAGACACCUUGGAGUUGAAUCAUUAUGCCUCGAUCUUAUUGACAGAUGGAAAGUUAUACCUUGCGCCGAUCAAGCCUGAUGCUAAGAAAGUCCUAGAGAUUGGCACAGGAACGGGUCUUUGGGCUAUAGACUUCGCCGAGGCCCACCCCAACACCGAAGUAAUCGCCACCGAUAUAGCCCCCAUCCAACCAACUUGGUCACCACCCAAUGUCAAGUUCCAAAUCGACGACGCCAACCUAGACUGGACUUGGCAAGACAACACAUUCGACUUCAUCUACCUGCGCUACAUGGUCGGCACGAUCUCGGACUGGAACAAAUUCUACCGGGAGGCCUUCCGCGUGUGCAAACCGGGCGGCUGGAUCGAGCACUACGAGAUUUCCGCAAUCUGGACAUCUACCACUCCUGUCCCUGAAGACAGUCCCCUGAGUUUGUGGGGCAAGAUGUUCACGGAAGGGGGGAAGAAGUUGGGCCGUUCGUUUACCGUUAUCGAGGAUGAUAUCCAGAUCGAGGGAAUCAAGGCUGCUGGGUUUGUAGACAUGGUUGUCAAGGACUUCGUGGGUCCACUUGAUGAUCACACGACGGAUCCCAAGAUGCAGGAGGUCGGAAAGCUGUUGAAUCUGGCUGUGCAUAGUGACUUGGAAGGCUAUGUCACCUAUAUCUAUGGUGUGGUAUUGGGCUGGAGCCAGGAAGAAAUCGCGUCGUACCUCCGUCAACUGCGAAUCCAGACAAGUGACAAGUCGCUUCACACGUUCUGUAGGCGUCGGAUUGUGUAUGCCCGCAAGCCUGAGUAG